AUGCGGCGACGACAGCGCAAGUUCCUCGCCACUUGCGGCCCCGUUAGCGCGCCGAAUACGAACCCUGAUCCGCACAACGCACUCGUGACAGCAUCCGGUGAACCAGGCGCAUCGUCCAGUACCGCUUUGCCCCCCGACGACUCCGUUGCAGCCGCAGGAGGCUCCACAAUCUACGGGAAUAUCCACGUGCGCUUGGACGUGACCGCUAGUGCUCUCAGUGUGGACGCCACAGGGUCGAUAGCGGUUCUAGCAGGACGAAAAGGUCUUCAUCUGAUGGAUCUGGAGACGCCGUUCAUGCCGUGCGCCACGCUGCACCACCAGACGAAGCUUGAGGUGACCGUGGUCAAGUGCAAUCCGCAUACUCUUUUCAAGAGCCACGUGGCCUCUUCUAGCAACCGGAAUACUUUGAUUUGGGACAUUGCAAAUGCUGGAGUGGGAGUUGAGAGUCUGGCGUCCAUUGGGGAAGCUCAGGGCUCGUUGAGCGCCUACGAACAGGGUCGUUAUAGCAGAAGAGGAGGGCGACGAGGAGACUCAAGUGACCAGAUUGGCUCGCAGACAAUCUCGCAGCCUCUUGUGGCAACGCUGAGAGCUCAUACGAGAUCGGUGAGUGAUCUCGCAUGGUCACCAAGGGAGCCUUCACUGCUGGCGACGUGCUCGGCAGAUGCAAGGACGCUGUUGUGGGAUAUGCGGUCACCGCAGAGACCCGUUCAGACGUUGAAUGCUUACAACAAGAGUGUGAUUCAAGUAGAGUGGAAUCGGGUAGACGCCACGUCUAUAGCUACCGCUCAUGACGGAGAAGUGAGGGUUUGGGACCUACGAGCUGGUGCCGAGAGGACGGUAGCUCCUGCGGCUCUCAUUACAGCGCAUAUGCAAAAGAUCUACGGCAUUGACUGGCACCCAGAGCGAACAUACGAACUGGUGACGUGCUCGGAAGAUAAGACAGUCAAGUUCUGGGAUGUGACACAACCUCGUGUCUGUCAGGGAACGCUGAACACAGGUGCACCAGUAUGGCGAGCGCAGUACACUCCGUUUGGUGACGGUCUCGUGACGAUUUCGCAACGGAUGGAUAACACGAUACGGCUGUGGGCACUUUCGCAUGGUGAUGGAGAUAACCGAGGCAAUGGAGAUGGCGGAAACGUGAACAUAUCUGGUGCUAACGCACCAUCAUCUGUCACAGCAGACUUGGUCCAUUCGUUUGUUGGCCAUAGUGAUCUGGUGAGGGGGAUGGCGUGGCGUUCCCGUCCAUCAACAAGCGUGUACCAGCUAGUUUCAUGGUCAAAAGACCAAGAGCUGCGCAUGUGGCAAGUGGAUGUACCACAGCUUGAGGCUUGUGGCUACGACACCGCGUCAUAUCGUACAGAUGCUGCUCCUUCCGAGAACAACAACACAAAUGCUCGCCUGCACUCGGAUGCCCGUCGUUUGCUGCAUGCUGAGUUCGCCGAGAUGCGUACACAGCACUCCAAGUACAGCUUGUCCGCUCUGAAGACCGAUUUCUUACCGCUUGUGGUGCCAAAGACAGCAGUACCACUAAGUAUCGAGGAAUACACGUUGGGCGGCAACGAUCGAUCGUUGCAGGCCCUCCUUGCGCUCGAGGAGGAGCUUAACAAAGAAUGCGCGAUCCAAUGUCGUCCAGAGCGCGAAGACGAGGACGCUUUGAUGACGGCACGGGAAAACGAUGAUGCUCGUUCAGACGAUCCUUCAAGUACGAGAGAGCGUUCCACAAGAUCUAGUGGUGCGAGAGCGCUACCGUGCCCUCGUAUCUCAGGCGCAGUUUUCAGUGGGCCUAAUAUGCUACUGGUGUUUGACUCGCGCGUUGCUAUCGGUCAAUCUCGAAGCUCAGCAGUUCCAACUGCCGUUGCGGCGGGCAAAGAGGGCAAGCCACUGGUAGCUGUAAAUAAGCUACCGCGCACCUACGAAGAGUUACUCGAUCUACGAGAUUCCCGUUUUGCAACCAAGAAAAACAAGAAACCACCAGUGCAGCUUCUUUCAUCCGCCAAUAUCAUGGGCUCAAUGGACGUCGGCUCGAAUGAUUGGGCUGGACAGCAGCAGCAGCAGCAAGAAUUGGCUGACAGCGGUGUUGUUAUGGGCGUAUUUGGUGAGGAUACGGAUAACCGCGCUCGCUCGACUCAUGGAUAUCGUCAUUCGUCAAUGUAUUACUCCUCAGCCAGUAAAGGCACAUGCGGAAACGACGACAUGCUGUGUGGGCUGAAUGAACUGGAUCCCCCAUUCAACAAGGAUCCGAGUACCUGA